UAUUUCCAGAAAAAUCUAGAAAUCAACUGAUUUCAUAAAAGUACUAGAAAAUUUAAAGAAAAGUCUUGUUAAGAAGAGUUUUUGCAAGCUGAUCAAAGAAAUAUAUCAUUAAAAUCAUUAAAUUUGAUCAAAGUGUUGAAUAGUUUCAGUACACGCUAUAAAUUCAAUUAAAAGUGUUAAAUUAGUCAGACGGUAACCUUAAUUUUGAGAAAAAAAUGUCCGUGAUUGGUAUAGAUUUUGGAAAUGAGUCUUGUUUCAUUGCUGUUGCUAAAGCAGGAGGUAUCGAAACAAUCGCUAACGAUUAUAGUUUGCGAGCAACCCCUGCGUAUGUAGCAUUUACGGAUAAAAAUCGAAUUCUUGGAGUAGCGGCAAAAAAUCAGCAAGUCACGAAUAUGAAAAACACCAUAUGUGGUUUUAAGCGAUUAAUCGGAAGAAAAUUCGAUGAUCCUCAUACACAAAAUGAGCUCCGUAUGACUGCAAAUAACGUUGAAAAGCUGCCGGAUGGAGGUAUCGGAUUUCGUGUUAACUAUUUAGGACAUGAACACGUGUUCUCACCUGAACAACUAACUGCUAUGCUAUUUACAAAGUUAAAAGAUACAUCAGCUACUGCUUUACAAACGCAAAUUAAUGAUUGUGUUAUAACAGUUCCAUUUUACUACACCAAUGCUGAGCGAAAAGCAUUGCUAGAUGCUGCUCAAAUUGCUGGGCUUAAUGUUUUGCGGCUAAUGAAUGAGACAACUGCUACAGCGUUGAGCUAUGGUUUUUAUCGUACAGACCUUCCAGCCGAAAAUGAAAAGUCUCGCAAUGUGAUUUUCGUGGAUUGCGGACAUUCGUCCAUUCAGGUCUCAGCUUGUGCCUUUAAUAAAAGCAAGCUCAAGAUGUUAGCCGCUUCUAGUGAACAAUUGGGUGGACGUGAUUUUGAUUAUUAUUUGGCAGAACACUUUAGUAAUGAAUUUGUUACCAAAUAUAAGAUUGAUCCUCGUACAAACAAACGGGCAUGGGUGCGUUUGCUCGCUGAAGUAGAGAAACUAAAAAAGCAAAUGUCGGCAAACAACACAAAACUGCCGCUUGGAAUUGAAUGUUUUAUGAAUGAUAUAGACGUUUCAAGUACAAUGCAAAGGGCAGAUUUUGAAAAUAUGUGCUCCGGGCUUUUCAAACGAGUGGAAGAGACCUUUAAAAAAUGUCUCAAAGAAUCGAAAUUGUCUCUAGACGAGAUUCAUUCGGUGGAAAUCGUUGGUGGCAGUAGUCGCAUUCCUGCAAUCAAACAACUUAUUGAACUUAUAUUCGGAAAAACUCCUAGCACCACUUUGAACCAAGAUGAAGCCGUAUCAAGAGGAGCCGCAUUACAAUGCGCAAUUAUGUCUCCAGCUGUUCGAGUUCGUGAAUUUGGUGUGACGGACAUACAAAAUUAUCCUAUCAAAAUAAGUUGGGAUGGUGAAGGUGGACAUGGAAAUGGAGAGCUGGAAGUGUUUCCUGCUUAUCAUGCAGCACCUUUCAGUCGCCUUUUAUCUUUAUUCAGAAGGGAGCCCUUUAACGUUCAAGUUUCUUAUGCAGAUCCUAAAAACCUUCCUUACCCUGAUCCCUUUAUUGGACAUUGGGUGAUCAAAGGGGUAAAACCUAAUGUCGAAAAUGAAUCACAAGAGGUGAAAAUUAAAGUACGAAUCAAUCAUAAUGGCAUUGUUUUAAUUUCAAGUGCUCAGAUGAUUGAAAAAAAAGAAACAACAGAGCAAGAUCAACCCUCUUUUGAUACUUCAAAAGACGAGACUCAAAAUCCUGAUGAUCAAACACCGAAUAACACAGAGUCCAAUGAACCAAUGGAAGUACAACACGAUGCAAAUCGUGAAUCUCAGCCACAAGUGCCUGAUAACGGAGAUGGAGGAGGAUGGACUCAGCGGGUUAAAGGAUGGUUUAGUUCGGAUUCAACUAAACAGGAGAAGAAGAAAAAAGCCACUACUAAAUUGAUAGAGCUCGCGUUAGAAUCAGACACCCAUGGAUACUCAACCAGUGACUUGAAUAAAUACAUAGAACAAGAGAAUAAAAUGAUAAAUUGUGAUCGAGUAGAAAAGGAACGAGUUGAUGCAAGAAAUGCAUUGGAAGAAUUUGUAUAUGAUAUGCGCGGAAGAAUACAAGAGGGAGGUGAAUUAUACGAAUAUGUUCUUGAUUCAGAUCGUGAAAAUAUUUGCAUGGAGUUAGAUGAAAUUGAAAAUUGGUUAUAUGAAGAAGGAGAAAACUGUGAAAGACAAAUUUAUAAAGAUCGAUUAGCGAAAUUGCACAAGGAUACGGAUCCCAUUAAAGCUCGUCAUCAAGAGUUUUGCUCACAACCUGCUGCUUUUGAAAAGCUUGGUCAUGCAAUUCAAAUGGCUCGUAAGGCAGUAGAUCAAUACAGAUCCGGGGAUGAAAAAUAUAAUCAUUUGACAGAAACUGAAAUUUUAAAUAUUUCUGAGACAGCUGACAAAGCAGAAAAAUUCUUUAUCGAUGCAAAAGCAAAACUUACAAACGUUACUCGGACAAAGGAUCCAGAAGUUCAUGUUGCUGAUGUGUACCAUGAAUGCGAUACUUUAACAACUUGUGUACGUUCGGUAUUGAAUCGUCCUAAACCAACACUUCCUCCUACUGAAAAUCACGAAGCAGAUAAAAACAAGGCAAAUGGCGAAAACACAGAUUCUAAUAAUAAAAAUGCUAAGUUACAUACAGAAGAAACUAAUAUGGAAGUUGAGUAAACUGAUGGGACAAAUAAAAAGAUAUAAUAAAUGAAAAUAUUUAAAAAUAAAUUACAUUCUAUACCUUAUUCAAAUUUUUUGUAUUCAAAACAAUUGACAUGGAAGAUUUUGCUUAUAAAGGAAGUCAACCAAAUUGGAAGCUAAGCAAAUAAACAAAAUACUUUUAAUAAAACGUCCUCUUAAAGAAUAACCUAUCUUUUUAUAUAUUGAAAAACUGUAAUCUACCCCCGCAUUGUGUUGGAACUAAAACUUUUAAAAAAUAGGUUUAUACCUGAUUAUUAUGUAUCGCAUUUCAGACUAGCAAAAUCAUAACUAAGGUUCAGUUUAACAAAAUAUGUAUUUAUAAAAAAAAAACAAAUAAGUAUGAAAAAAUAUAACAACGAUACA